AUGCCGACCGCCGUCUCAUCGCCGUCACCGCCUCGCCUGUCGCCGCCUCUAGCCCGGAGCGUCGUUUCGCUGGCGGCGCUUCUGCUGCUUCUCGCGGCCCCCAGCAGCGCGCCCCCUCCGGACGAUGGUCCUUCCCGCCAGCAGCAGCGGCUGGCGCAGUACAUCGUGGAGCUGCGCGGCGCCCCCCUCGCCACGUACCGCGGACACCUCCCCGGCUUCCCCGCCACCGCGCCCAGGGACGAGGGGAUCGACCCGCACUCCGCCUCCCCCUUCCCCUCGACUCAGGGCGACCUGCCCCAGGGCGACCUGCCCCAGGGCGACCUGCCCCAGGGCGACCUGCCCCAGGGCGACCUGCCCCAGGGCGACCUGCCCCAGGGCGACCCGCCCAAGAGGGAGCAGAAGCAGCAGCAGCAAUGGCGGCAGCGGCGGCGGGGAAUAGACAUGAGGGCGGGGCACGUGAGGGCGCUGAGGCGGGCGCUGCAGCGGCAGCAGGAGCAGGUGGCGGCGGACGCGGGGGUGGCAGCAGCGGCCGUGCUGCUGCACGUGCACACCGUGGCCCACGCCUUCGCCGCUGCCCUGUCCCCCCGCCAGGUGUGGCGCCUCAAGAGGCACCCCGCCGUCGCCUCCGUGCGCCGCACCCGUGUCUUCCACGCCCCCGCCGCCCCCACCAUGCCUCUCUCGCGUGCUCGCCCCACCCCUGCGUCGAAUGCGUCUGCCUCCACGGCGUCUGCCUCACGCACGUACGAUGCAGACGCCGCCUCCUUCAUGGGGCUGCCGGGGUCGCUGUGGCAGCAGGCGGGCGGGCAGGGCAGCGCGGGCGCGGAUGUGGUGGUGGGGGUGGUGGGGUCGGGCAUCUGGCCCGAGCACCCCGCAUUCCAUGCCUCCGUGGGUGCCUCUCUUCCACCGCCCCUAUUAUCCUUCCGCACUCCCCACCACAUUCCAUCACCGCCUCUCAACGCCGCUCACCGCACACCUCCCGUGUGUGUCUCUCAGCAGGCGGUCAUGGGCAUGCCGGCAGGGUGGCAGGGCGCGUGUGACACGACGCCAGACUUCACGUGCAGCGGGAAGAUCAUCGGUGCGCAGCGCCUGUAUGCAGCAGCGCAGCAGAGCGGCGGGCCGGACUUCAGUGUGGAGUAUGACUCGCCGCGUGACAUGGAUGGCAGCGGCACGUGGGCCGCAGCGUGGGUGCCCAGGGGAGCAGCGGUGGGCAGCGCGGUGACGUGGGCGGACGGAGCGCACACGAGCGGCAUGGCGCCGGGGGCCAGGGUGGCGGUGUACAAGGCGCUGUGGGCGGGGUACGGGCACGAGGCGGACGUGCUGGGCGCUGUGGACCGCGCCGUGGCGGACGGCGUGGAUGUGCUGUGCCUCACUGUGGGCGCCUUCAAGGGCUCCCUCGCCACCUACUUCACUGACGCUGCUUUUCUCAACGCCCACGCUGCAGGCGUGGUGGUGGUGAUGGGGGCGGGUGACUGGGGGCAGCCCAACUUCUGGCGGCUGCUGGGCGCAUACAUCCGAGUCAUCGACAACUUCUCGCCCUUCUACCUCACUGUGGGCGCCAGCACGAUUGCAGGGGAGGGGGGCUUGUCAGGAGCGGCCCCUGGUCGCCACAUCAGCACAGCCUUGACAGCUGCUGCCAGCAGUGGCAGUGACUUCAAUGCCACAGCACUGCCAUCAUCAUCAGCAGCAGCAGCACAGCCAGGCCCCACGGUGGCGCCCUUCUCCUCAGCGGGCCCGCUGGUGUGGCCGUGGUACCGGGUGCGCCCGCCCUUCCCCACCAACUCGCUGCUCAAGCCCGACCUCCUCGCCCCGGCCGUUGACCUCUGGUCCGCCGCCCCCGCCACCACCAUUGGUGCCCCUGGGGACCUCAUAAACCGCACCGGCACGUACCUGGCGGCACCGCUGGUGGCAGGCGUUGCAGCAGUGCUGGUGCAGCUGCGGCCUGGGUGGUCGCCCGCGCAGGUGAUGUCAGCGCUCAUGACUUCCGCACGCACCACCACGGCGCAAGGUGCGCCCAUGCGCACAGCGGCGGGCAGGAAGGCGACGCCGUGGCAGAUGGGGUGCGGGGUGGUGCAGGCGGCGCGCGUGGCGGACCCCGGGCUGACCUUUGAUGCCAGCGAGCGCCACCUGCGCAACUUCCUCGCGGGGCAGAGCUGGUUCCGCGCGCGCAGGCUGUUCCCCGCCGCUGCUCUCUCGCGCCUGCCCCCGCGCAACCUGAACCGCCCGUCCAUUGCGCUGGGGCGCGCCAAGGGCGUCACCAUCAUCCUGCGCACGGUGACGAGCGUGGCGGCUGUGCCGUCCACAUACACGGCCACGGUGGUCAACCCCUGGGGGGUCGUGCUCACGGUGACGCCGCGGCGAUUCACGAUCGCGCCUGGCGAGAGUGUGACGUACAGGGUGGUGGUGCGCGUGGUGGGCAAGUCGAUGAGUUUCUUCUACGGCAGCAUCAUGUGGCGGGACGAGGUGGGCCAUGUGGUGCGCUCGCCCGUGGUGGUGCAGCCGCAGCGCAUGCUCAAGUGGUGCAUCGGGUGCACCAAGGGUGGUGUCAUCAAGUGGCCUGGCGGCCCGCCCUAG